AUGUCAAGAAAUAUCUCCUACGGCCGCGGAGGGGCAGGCAACAUAACCCGGCAACAAACCACGCCCUCGCCCAAAGACUUCGUUACACCAACAAUCAAGCAAGAAGUCUAUACAACAGGCCGCGGUGGCUCAGGAAACAUGGUACACAAUGAUCCGGAGCGACCAGAAAUUGCGCGCGAGAGCCAAGACGUCGAGUCACCGCCCCUUCGCGCUCAGCAGAUCCCCCACCACACAGGUCGAGGCGGCGCGGCAAACGCUUACAUCCCCACCCCUGAAGAGGAAGAACGGGAGAAGAAGAUCCAGGAGCAGGAGGCGGAGCUUCUUCGCGUGCGCACGCAAUCUAGGGAUCGGGUAAAGGAGCUUGAACAGGAGAGACAGGAGCUGCGGAAGGAUUCGCCUUCUGCUGUUUGA